ACCAGCCGACCACGCCCACUUACUAGCGAACAGUGAGUCAGAUAGAUGUUGUUAGCGAUAUUCUUGAACUUGUCACUAUUUGGUUGCCAAUAAUUUUAUCACCAUCAUGGAGAAGGGGAUGGCAGUUUUCCAAGAUGUGUUCAGAAGAGCUGAUAAAAAUGAUGAUAAUUGUCUCUCUCUUGAUGAGUUCAAAUCCUACUUUGGGGAUGGGAUUCUGACUGUAGAGGAGCUGGAGGAACUCUUCAAUAAAAUAGACACACACAACACCAAUAAUAUUGAUGUAGGGGAGCUCUGUGAAUAUUUCUCAGCCAACCUUGGUCCAUUUAAAGAGAUAUUUGGUGGAGUGGAAGACAUGUCUGCAUUUGUUUCUCAAGCACUACAGCAAACAGCACAGGUGUAUCCAGACAAGUCUUUUCAUGAUCAGUUCACAGUGCGUGUCCUUUUGAAGGAGAUAUCAGGCCAGCUAUCUUCUCUCAUGAGGAACAUCGAUGCGGCCUCAGAUCACAUGGAGACAGAAGCCAUGAAAGACAGGGCACCCAUAUCUCAGGUGGCCAUCAUUGAGCCAGUGGUCAGUUCAUCAGCGGGAUGGGUGGCCAGAAGGGCAAGACGUCAACUAUCCACCCAGACAAGUAUCCCUGCUGAUGGUAUUCAUUCUUUGACCUCGGAGGUCAAUCGACUGGCUGACCUUGUGACCCGCCUGGAACAGAAGGUCAAGAUUAAUCCCGUUGAUGAGGAAAUCAUAUCUGAUGAAAGCAAGGCUAAUUUGGCGUUCUUAGUGAGUAGGAAGUUUACAGCAAUUGAGGAAAGGGACAAAGCUUUUCGCAGUAACCUCAAGACCUAUGUAGAAGCAGCAGGAAGGGAGGAUGGGUGCACAACUGUGAGUGUGAGAGCUUUUUCUGGAACAUCACAUUACGUUGUAUAUGAGAUCUGGGAGUCUGAGGAAGACUGGAAAAGCCAUUUUGCAAGUGAGUCAUCUAAGAUAUUUCGUCGUGAGAAUGUGGAUCUGUUGGACCGACCAGAGCAGCUCUCGUCAAUGGCCGUUCCAGCAAAAUGGAUCAUGGCACAGGAGUGAAUUCUUAAAAAAGGAACCUCUGAAUUAGCAAUUGACCUUUCUAAUUCCUAUCAUGAAAAACUGUAAAUAUUAUGCAGAGCAACAGUCCAGUAUGCAGUCAUAAGAGAGAUACCCUUUAUAUGCAGGACCCAGUGUCACAAACACUACUCUACCAUGAUAACAAUGUUCAACAGCCAAUCAAAAUCAAGGAUUCCAUGGAAGUGGCCUGUCAAUGACAGUGUUAUCAUGAUAGUAACUUAUUUAAAUUACAGGGCAUUUUCAUAUUUCAAGGUAUACAACAGAUUUGACCUUAACAUACAAGUAUUUUUUCUAAGGUUAUCAAAUAUAUUUAACAAUUAUUGUUUUAGCAUUGCACAAUUGCCCCUUUCUUCAUUGUAGGCAUUUUAUACAUACCUUGUAUAUGAAGUAUGACCAAAAUUUCUUUCUUUGUGUGUGCGUGUGUUUCUUUGAUAAACGAAUAUAAAUCCUUGGAAUGUCAUUAUAAAUCAUUUAUCAUUCAGCCAUUUCCACGGCGGUUUGCAUGACAUUUAUUCAACAUGUACAAAGAAUUACCUGAAGACUUCAUUUGACAAACAUGUCAGUCUUGUGGGAAAUUUCCUUUUUAUGCACUCCAUUGCAAGAAAUGGGGCCCAUAACACAAAGCUUAGCAAUGAUCGUAGAACAUUUUUCUACAAUUGAUUCCAUUGACUACAAUAUACAAUCAAUCGUAAAAAUCAAGCGUACGAUUAAUCGUUAACCUUUGUUACCGGACCCUGGUUUUUUUUUUAUGUAAUAGGUCAUGUAAUACAUGCUUCACUACAUGAUAUCAUGGAUUCAUUGUUUUUCCUUUUAUAUAAUAAUCAGUAAAUGAUGUUUUGGGGGUAUAUUUCCAGUGUCUAAAGUGGAGAGUUGUACAUCUGUGAUGUCCCAGUUCUUGUGCCUAUUGCCAAUGGGAGGAUCUCCAUGGCAUGAGUGUUCUUGACAUUCAAAUGCUCAGAACUUUCUUAUUGUUUGUCCACUUUGACUCAAACCUUUAUUGAUCUUAUUCUUUCAUUUGCUGCUUUCACCCAAACUAACUUCAUUGAUGGGUUUCAUUCUCCCUGAAGAGCUGAACAACAUUAUUUUUGAAAGAAAGUAGUGUAAAAUCAAGAUCUAGACAUGUGUUCAUGUUCUUAGCCACAAUUUAAACUUUUUUAAGUGGUAUAUUUCAAAACUUUGUCGAAUUAAAAAUGUAACCUUUUGGUGCGUAGAAACAUAAAAUGGCUAAUGCAUAAGAAAAAUAAGUCUUUGUACAAGAACGAAAAUAGCUGACGUGUCACACAUUAUUUCAAUACUACUAAAAGUUAUAAAAGCAAUAAAUUCAGUUAUAUAUAUGUAUAAAUUGCACCCUGCAGCUUGUAUGCAAAUAGCGUUAAAACUACCUUACAUCUUGUUUUUUUGUACAAUGUGUAUUCAUGUGGAUACAGUGUAUAUUGAUUUAUUAUAUUCUGAUAGUGCCUUAGAUUAUUAUUUGAAUAUGCUUAUUAGAAUUAGGAAUAUUUAUCGCGUAAUUAUGGUUUGCUAUCUUAUGUGUAAAUUUUCAUAAAAAUCUAACAGCAUUAUAUGGGGUGGAAAAGUGCAGCAUCUUUAGAAAUAUGACUACUCAGAGGAUGCAAGUGGCCAGUUGGAAAGUUCGUUAUUUGAUAAAUGUCAUCAUUUGCAAUGUAUUAUGGGACAUAAUAUGCCAGUAUCUUUUACUCCUGGGAUGAUCAUGACACAUACAUUCCAUUUGGUAGUUGUCUCUCAUUAUUGAUCUCAAUAUCACUCAAAGUAUAGAAAUCUUACAAAUAGUAUAGAAAUCUGACAAAUAUAUUUGUUAAUGAGAAUAUCAUUUAUUUUAAACAAUGAUG